UUGGUGCUGUGUCCGAAAAACGAGCGACGAUUCUGUUCGGAGUGAAACUGGCAAAGAAACAUAAAACCCCGAAUCACGACGACUGGAAAGAAACUAACUGAAAUACGAAGUAUCAGUCGGGACGUAGCUGCUAAAGGAGGACGUGGAGGGCUCUGGAACAGAGUGUCAUGGCCGCCCUGUUUACCGAGCUGCCCUCCUAGACCCGCCUGGUAUUUAGAGACACAUACCGCAACAUCCCCGCAAUCCACCCACGGCCACUCCUAGGGAUGACGACCUCCCAUCUGAACGGCCAUGUCACAGAGGAGGAGGAGGAGGAGGGGGGAGGAGGAGGAGGAUGUGAUGAAGAACUGAGGGGAGGACAGCAGCACCGGGAGAUGGCUAUCGACUGUCCGGGUGAGCUGGGUAGUCGAACGCUGCCGGUCCGACGGUCCGCACAGCUGGAGAGGAUACGACAGCACCAGGAGGAUCUCCGUCGCCGCAGAGAGGAGGAGGGUCGGCAGCUGGACCUGAACGCCUCGCUCAGACUCCGGAAGCUCUCCCAGCAUCCCCACAUCGGCAUCGACAACCCCACAUUCCUGAAAGACUCGCACACAUCGCAGCAGCCGGCUCUCGGCAGCCAGCACACGCACGCACUGCUGGAGUUGGAGGAGCUGCUGUUGUCACUGAAGCAGGUCAGGGGCUGCCUGUCUGACCAGCAGAGCCAGAAUGACGUGGAGCUGGUUUAUGCUCUACUAAACAAGUCUGACUUCCAGUCAGCGCUGAAGAUCCAUAAUGCCGUGGCCACCAGCAUGCACCGACCCUCUCCUCCGUACCCACACACACACCAGGCUCUUCAGCUGGCCUUGGAGACCAGGAGUCUCAUCCAGUCGAGCCAGAACAAAGAGGGGUUGGAACUCCACAGCCUGCUGUCAGACUCACACAUCCAGUCAUUGCUCCUGGCCCAUGACAGCAUAGCGGAGACAGAGAUGCAGCCUGAGCCGCUGCCCUCCGAGGGAGAGACGCUGACCCAGUGGGGAGGAGAGACUGUGAAGAUAGUCCGCAUCGAGAAAGCCCAGGACAUACCGCUGGGGGCGACUGUGCGUAAUGAGAUGGACAGUGUAGUGAUCAGUCGCAUCGUUCGAGGGGGAGCAGCCGAGCGAAGUGGACUUCUAUCUGAAGGAGAUGAAAUACUGGAGAUCAACAGCAUAGAGAUCAGAGGGAAAGAUGUCAACCAAGUCUUUGACAUACUGGCGGACAUGCACGGCCUGCUGACCUUCGUGCUUAUUCCCAGCACUCAGAGCAAACCUCCUCCCGUCAAAGAGUCUGUGGUCCACGUGAAGGCCCAUUUCGACUAUGACCCCUCAGAUGACCCCUACGUGCCGUGCAGAGAGCUCGGCCUGUCCUUCCAGAAAGGAGAUAUUCUCCACAUCAUCAGCCAGUCGGACCCCAACUGGUGGCAGGCGUACAGGGACGGAGACGAGGACAACCAGCCUCUAGCCGGACUGGUGCCAGGGAAGAGUUUCCAGCAGCAGAGAGAAGCCAUGAAACAGACCAUAGAAGAAGAGAAGGAGCCAGAGAAGACUAGGAAGCUGUGGUGCGCGAAGAAGAACAAGAGGAAGAGAAAGAAGCUGCUGUACAACAUCCACAGGACCGAUGACGUUGACAAUGAGGAGAUACUCACCUAUGAGGAGAUGGCUUUGUACCACCAGCCGGCCAAUAGGAAGCGGCCGAUUGCACUGAUUGGUCCAACCAGCUGCGGACAGGUGGAGCUUAGACAGAGACUGCUCAACAGUCAACCAGAACGCUUUGCUGGAGCUGUACCCCACACCACGAGGAGUCGUCGGGAUUGCGAGCUGAGUGGUCGAGAUUACCACUUUGUGUCUCGUCAGACCUUUGAGGCAGAACUGGCAGCAGGGAAGCUGAUAGAGUCCGGUGACUUUGAGAAGAACCUCUACGGGACAAGCACGGACUCAGUGAGACAGGUCAUCAACACUGGAAAGAUCUGUGUGCUCUGUCUGCACACACAGGCUCUUAAGGUGCUCAGGAGUUCAGACUUGAAGCCUUACAUCAUCUUCAUAGCUCCGCCCUCCCAGGAAAGACUCAGAGCCCUAUUGGCUAAAGACAACAAGAACCCAAAGCCCGAAGAGCUGCGAGACGUCAUUGAGAAAGCACGGGAGAUGGAGCAGAGCUGCGGUCACCUGUUUGACGCCAUCAUUGUCAACACGGACCAGGACAAAGCCUUCAACGAGCUGCUACGACUCAUCAACAAACUCGAAACUGAGCCCCAGUGGGUGCCCUGCUCCUGGCUGCGCUGAGAAUACACACACACAUACACACACACACACACACACACGUCACACUGGAGUACACGUUUCUAGCGGUCCAACACAGUGGACGUUGGGUAUUGGGGGCACCGCCAGGAGAGGACACGUCUUUUGAGAGUUGGAAUGAUAUGAGAUGAAGUUGUAGUUUCAUGGGGAAUCAUCACAAUAUUACAACCUAAAGUUGUUAUUUUUCUUAAUAUUAGGAUAUAAAUGGAAAAAACAACCAUCUUAUUAUAUGAUAAUGUAGUUUUAGGAGAAAAAGUCCUAAUGUUUUUAGAUCAAUUUCUAAUUUCACAAGAAAAGGUCAAGACAAUUGGCAAGAUAUAAGUUGUAAUAGUAACACCUACAGUUGGAUGAUCAUUUGAAAAAGAUCCUACACAUAAAGUUGGGAUUUCACGAGAAAAAUGUAAUAUCCAGAACAAAGUAAUACUAUUACAGAGAACAUGUAGUUAUUGUUUUGCAAAUUAAGUUUGCGUCCAGGUGUGUUGGUGAAUCCUGACACUGUACUAGUCUUAGUUGACGAGGCUUGGACUGCAUGUCCUUUUCUACAAUUAUUAUCAUAGAAUUAUUGAUGUAUUGUUAAAAUGUGACUUCUUGUAAUUCCAGCUUUAUUCUCAUGACAUCUCUUAAUACGACUGUGUUGUACUGCAGAGUACAGGUCGUAGAAUGUCUGGACCUGUUGGCACUAAGCUUGUGUGUCUGGAGGAAACAGAAGUUUGUGUCCAGCUGUGACCUUCAUCAUCUUUCUCCUCAUCAGUUCUCAGUGAGACCAAAAUAUGGACCUGGAAAAGGCACUGUUUCCUUUUUUUUCUUUUUUUCAUCUUUCUCUUCUCUCCUCUCAGAGCUCUUUCUCUUUUAUUACGCACCCUUUGCCUUCACUCUGUCCUCAUUUCAACCAUUAUGAUUUAAAAUAUUUAAGAUAUCACAGUCACAAUUAUUUUAUCUUUUUGCAGAGCCGAGAAUCUGUGUAAAACGACAAAAACAAAUCUGAUUCUGUGUUCAGACGUGUUUGUACUCGGUAAUGAGAUGAGUUGCCCCGGGUGAGUCGUGAAAAGUCACACACACAAGCUCAGAUUCAUAAAGUGCUAAUUUAAAUCACCGCCGAGCCGUUAUUGCUGUGGAGGACACACAGUUGUGUACGUACACACCACAACAGUGCAUUAGACGCCGACUUCCCCCGGAAGUCUUUCCACGUGUGGCCUGAAGCUGCAGCCUUCUCCGCCCUGACUGACCUCUGACUGACUGGUCAAAUGCAAACUAUUGCCAUAAACACUUAAUUAAGACGCAGCACUUGAUAUUUCCUCUCUGACCGACCGUCUGCUGACUCGUUCCGUCUGAUCACAUCCGAUGUCUGAGUGGGUACAGGAAACGUGAACGUUGUAGUUUAUAGUCGUGAUGCUGAAGUUAGUAUAUAUUUAGUGUGAAUGGAUAUAUUUUGUGUGCGUGUGAAUGGAUCUGUGUGUCUUGUCUUUGAAGACAGCAAAGUAUUAUUAUGACCUGAAAUAGACCUGACGAACUAUCACUCAUCACUGGCUUGAGCAUUUAUAUAUUUGUAAUAUUGAAAAAUAGAUUUAUGAAGUCCAGAAUGCACCAAUAGGAUUGCAGGUUUCACCUUUUGCCUCAACUGCCAUUGGUCCAGGAGGAGGAGAGGGCGGAGUUUAGCAGAAUUAACUGUAUUGAAUGUAAAGUUAAUUGAUACCACUUGUUGUUUAUCAGACAUCACUUCUUCCUGAGUAAAUCUGCUUUUUUUAUGAAUAUUCACAACAAAUAAAUAAAUAGAUGAUAGAAGA